AAUCGAAAAGCGAAGAGAAAAAAUUGCCACAACAAUGCCCGUUGGUAUUGAAUUGAAUUCGAGAAAAGAAACCAAACUCUUUAACUAAUUUUUCGAGGUAAUCUCCUUUUAUAGCGUCCUAACAUUUCUGCUACAAGAAAUUUUGUCUCUGUGAUAUCCAGCUUAUUUUUAAUAGUACCGAUAAUAAUAGUUUUCAUCGUAUGAUUGUUUAGUAAAAAGUAAAAAUAAAAUUUUUUACGAUUAUUAAUAUUAUACUUAUACUAUUAUCGUUGUGUAAUUUAAUCUUUACUUUGUACUGUACAUUGCCAAAAGCUUUUCUUCUAUGUUUCUCAAGGAUUCCUAUCACUAUCAUGUUUUAAUUAAAAUUUCAGGGUGAAUUUUUCAAUUACAACAAGGCAUUGCCCCCCCCCCCAACUGAGCUAAACUAAGUAGGCCUAUUUAUGCUGUUAAAGUAAAAGUAAAGGUCUUUCAUUUUUCAAGGAUUCCUAUAACUAUCAUGUUUUAAUUAAAAUUUCAGGGUGAAUUUUUCAAUUACAACAAGGCAUUGCCCCCCCCCCCCCCAACUGAGCUAAACUAAGUAGGCCUAUUUAUGCUGUUAAAGUAAAAGUAAAGGUCUUUCUCCCCUCUCAACUGGGCCAAACUAAGUAGUAGGGUUGCCAGGUCUGCUUCCCAAAAAUAGCGGACAAGCGGGCGGGGGGGUUGUAAGUAAUUUUGUACAAUUAAAUUAUAUAUUUUCUUACAAACAUUUGAUCACGUAUUAAAAUAAUCACUUGAAAACUUUACUUAAAAUUCCAAACAUUAAAUAUAUUAUAAUAAUAUGUCCCUUAGACUGUACAGCUUUAGAUUACGUACCAUUUCAUUAUUCAUAAAGCUUUUGAAAAAAAAAAUGUCCACUAUUUUGCAAAAAAAAUAGUGAACAUAAUUUGAAAAAAGUGGACUGUCCGCUCAAAUUGUGGACACCUGGCAAGCCUACAAACUAGAUACAAUAUUUAUUAUGAUAUAAUUAUGUGAGUGUGAUGAACAAGAAAUAAACAUUAUUUUAAUAGUUAAUUAGUGAAACCUGAAAUGUUAGCCCAAUGACAUAUUUAAUAAUGUGGCAUAAAUUAAUGAAUAUGGACAUGGACAUCCAGAUAAACUUUAGUAUAUCCUAUGCCCCCUAAAAUAAGUUUCCUCUCAUCCCGCAGUAAAAAAAUAGGCUUAUUUACUGUUUAGGCCUUUACAAAAAUAAACUUUUACAAACCCUUACAAUAUAAUAUACAUUGAUAAUAUAGGCCUAAAACAUUAAAGAUAAAUUUUAUAAAUAUAGGAUUGAACAAAUAGUAAAAGUUAAUCUAACCCUGCAAGUCAUAGUUUUCAUAAAAUAGGAUUUAUUAAAAAAUUAAAUUAAAGAAACUCUAUGAUGAAAUUUGUUAUUAUUUUAUGAAUAUAUAAAUCUAUUAUGGCCAGCAGUUUUUACAUUUUAUUGUAGCUUAGGCAUAAAAUUAAGAAUCAAAUAAUUUCUAUCAGUCUUAAAAUUAUGGUAUGGCCGAUUUUCCUUCAACCGAAGCUAGAAAACCAAGGCAAUCCUUGGUCUUGUUGAAAAUGGUUCUUUAUCCUUCCGUUUUUGAUAUGAUACUUACGGGUUUUCCAAUACCUUGUUUUUGAGAUCAAUGUAGAUUUUUUUAGUUUAGCCAGUGGUCAUUUUUUUGUUAGUUAAAACGCUCUGAGCUAUUUGUUUGUGAGGAAAAGAUUUAAAAUUUACAUUACUAAUUGACUAAUUAUUUCUGAGAUUCCAACUUGAGCCAAAUUUAAAGAAUUUAAUGACAAGUGCAUAUUGGCAGGCAAUGAAUUUCUAAUUCUCUGAGCCAUUUUUUAAUUGAAAACUACUACAUACUAUAGUAAUACUAUUAUAACCGGAAGUAAGCAGUCACAUCUACAGAAUAAAGCUUUUUUGAAUUUCCGAUUCUAAAAAUACAGAAACAGGUGGAUUUGAGGCAGCUCAGACAUUAAUAUUUUAAACUUUAAAAACUAAGUAAAUAUAGACAUACUUUAAAGUAAGACAUCACUCAGCAUUUGCUAUUAUCCUAUAUGAUAUAUGUGCCACCUAAACACAAGCUUUAAUUCUCUCUUAAUUAGUGAAUGUCGUCAACCUUCAUCUUAACUUGUUAAUAAUUUUCAGACUCAGGCUUACGGUGAAGCUAAUGACACUGCGAGAAAUGCCAUGUGAGAAGAGUGUAAAAUAAAUCCUGCUUUGAAGAUUACCUGCUUAUAUGUGACUAGAUAAGAAUUAUCAAAGUUUUUCUUCCAGUAGCUAUACUAUAAAUAAUAAAAAUGAGGCCUGAUGAACAUAAAAAAAAGAAAAAUGAAGCAUAUAAGAAAAAACAUGGUCUUACCAGUGGAGGAGAAGAAAGAGCUGGAAAACACAAAGACAAAUCAGGAAAGGCAAAUACAGCACACAAAAGUCUUAGCGGUGAUACAAAUAAAACAAAAACUGCUGAGCAUCAUAAAAAUGAGCCUCAUGAUAUGGCCGGGCACAAUCAAGCAAGAGCUUUAGAAAAAACAAAUAAAAAUACUGAGUUAAGCCGUGAUCCAAGUUCAGGAAAUGCCAUGGGUGCUUAUCAUUUGAGAAAGAAUUUGGGAUCAUCUGACUCCUCAUCGUCAGAUUCAGGAAAUGAUGAGGUAACAUUUCUCACCUUUUAAAAAAGAUACGCUAAAGCAAAAAAUAAUCUAAAUUGCCAUAUCAUUAUAUAAUACCUCUUAUACAAUGUUAUAUUUUCUUGAAAUUUCAUGGUAUUGUGCAAGUUAAAUAAAGGAUUUAUAAAUAAUUUUAUUAAUUUAUUUUAAAAAUUCUUUUCCAGAUUUUUUUUUGAAUUUAAAUAAAAUUUAUUUAAAAUCAUAUGUCUUUUAGAAAACUGGGGCAGUCAAGAAUAAGAGGAAAAACUAUCGGAGACGUGAGAUUGUGAGUAAUUGGAAUAAAUAUGAAUUAGAACCAAAUCAAGAGGAGGAGAAAAUUGUGUCCAGGGGCGAGAAUUUCGAAAAGCUAAUUAGCAUGGCAGGUAAUGAAUAUGCAACAAUUUUUGUAUGAUUUAUUUCAUGUUUACUACCUUAAAUAUUAGCCGUCAGAUCAAAAGAAAUUUAAAUAAAAAAAAUUGAGAUAAGCUUUUUUAUGUAUUACAAAAAGCCUUGCCUUUACUAAGUUAUCAAACAAUCAUGUUUAUUUUAAGUAAUAAUAUGAAUAGAAGAAUACACUUAGAUUAUGUCAUGUUAUUCUUUAUUCAUCUCAGGUAAAGCAAUGAGCCACUUUAGAUUCAAGGAUGAGUUAGAGUGGGAGCAAGAUGAUGAGUUAACUGAAACUGAUAAUGGAGAUAUGUACAGCCAGGUUUUGAGUAUCAAUCCUGCUGAUUUGAUUCGAAAUUUAUCUUGUAUCCCUGUACACCAGAUUUUAGGGAUAAGUCAGGAUGUGUUUCCGGUAGGCUUUAUACUUUAUACCUAACAUUGUUAAUUUUUAAUUAUCAUGUUCUAAAAUUAUACUUAAAUUUGUAAAAAAAAAUCAAUGACGUUUAUUCUUCUACCGGUUGCUGAUGGUGUGUGUUUUGUCACUUUUAGUGCAUGAGAAAAAAAAUGUACCGGUACUAAUCUUUGUGCUGUUGAAUUUUUUAAAAAAAAUUGAUGGUUAAAAUGAUGAAUAAUUUAAAUAAAUUUUAUCUCAGUCAACUCAAAUAGGUUUAAUGAUUGACGUUGCUAAGAGGAAUAAAGAUGCAUUUGAAUUAGCUCUUGGGGAAGAGCUUAGACCACAUGUGGAAUUCCAUGAAUUGCAAAACAAACAUGUCACUGACACCAAUGGAAGAACUCAGAUGGUGGAGACCCUUCACCCAAGGAUGUCAUCUGUACCCGAGUCUUCAUCGGGAAUCUGCAUAUCACAAGAUGAAAACAAUGUUGUGAAAAAUUCAUCAAAUAUCAAUAGGGACAUUAGUAAAGGUUUCAGCAACAUUAAUACCGUUGAUAGUGGUCAGCAGAGUGGACGAUUAAGUUUGCAGGAUGAAGAUUUAGAUUUACUACUGGGCUUGGAUUCUAAUGGAAAAGUCCCUGGUCAGGAACAAGGGAAUACACCAAGUGAACCGCCAAAAAAUGGUCAGACUAAAACAACAGGCAGUAAGAGUUUUGGGUCUCUCAUUAAAAAAAUGUGUAUAUGAUCUAGACCAGGGGGUCCUCCAAUCUUUUAAUCAGAUAGCAGGUUCACUGUCCCAAAGACACAGUUAGUGGCUCGGUUCACUGUCAGAGUCUUGGGAGGGCCGGUUCACUAUCAUAAUCUUGGGAGGCCCGGUUCACUGUCUCACAAACACUGUUUGGGGCCUGACUAUAGUUUGAAAAAAAAUAUUAUCAAAAUUCCUAUGCACACUCAACAUUUCUUAUUUCUGGUGCAGAAAACAGGAAAAUACUGUUCAUUAUUCAAAAUGAAAAACAAUUUUAAUCAGCAUUAUUUCUUAUCAGCAUAAGUUAUUAGUAUUUCAAUGGGAAAUAUGAGCCUACUUUUGGCUAAACAGAUCUUCAAGUCAGGUUCUACACUUCGCAUGCUAUUCGAGGCAAGGGGCCUGUUUUAAGGAGCCCUUUAGGAGAGGGGGAGAGGGGGGUAAUCUAGGCUGUAGUUUGAGGACCCCCUGAUCUAGAAAAAUAGAUACAAAAUAUUGACAUUUUUUUCCAUUUGUUAAUAUAUAUUUUAAUAAUACAAACUAAUGUUUCAGUUACUUUGCUUUAAAUUUUUUUUAUCUUCUUCUUAUAUUUGAGGGGCCCACGAUCAAUUUGUUGAUCAUUCUGGCUCCUGGUUUAAAUUCAGAGUUUGACUUCUCUUAGAUGGGUUGCCGUCCAAGGCUAACGAGUCCCAUCAUUUCAUUUUGACUAAAUUACACACCCUGACUGAAGUAUUUAAAAAUUUAAACUGUUUUGCAUUAAUUCAGAGUUUAAAAAAAUUUAAAGUUGAUACAUCUCCUAACAGUCUUGCAUAUUUGUUUCAGAGGCAGCUCAAGAAUCAGAUAACUUAGAAGAUUGGCUGGACAGUGUUUUAGAUGACUAAUGCCUGACAUAUUACGCGACCAUUCUGUGUAUACAAAUAGUACGAGAGAAAGUACAUGGUUUUAAAUGGUCAUCCCAUCAAAGAAACAACAUAAUGAUGUACAAUGGAAUCGGCCGUGCUAGAUCCAAUGUCAGUCUCAAAAAGCACAGCUAAACAUCCUUAUGCCCCGUAUUGUGAUCAAGGAAAGGACAAUUUAUUAUAGGAUUACAAAAUGUUUCAAGGGAACACACAAGAGAAAGAUGUAAAACACAGAAACAGCUUGGAAAAUAAAUUUAGAGGAAAGCAAACUUCUAGAGGCAUCCAUGAUGAUUCUAUGGUUAUUUUUGUUUUAGUUGUCUUUAAGAGUAAAAAAUUGUUUAGUCUCCAAAUUAUUCCGGAAAAUAAAUGAAGGACUCCGUUCAAUCUGUGUGACGAAAAUAGUGGCACAAGGUAUGUGGAAGCGUGAAAUAUAAAGACAUGACAUUAAAGAACAUUUUUUUUUAGGCCAAGAGCCUUUCUCAGCAGACAGGACAAAUGAAGAAACUACAAAGAAUUAGUUUAACAAUUUGAGUGUUGGAGUUCACCAUUAAUGAUAUUGCAGGAAGUUGGUUUUCUGGAACAGUUGAGUCCACUACCACUAGGUGCUCCAGCAAUUAAAUAGCACCAAUAAUUUUAGAUUGAUCUCACAGUUUGAGGAAAAAUGUUGUAACUUCAAUUUGUGGACAGAGAAGAUAAGGAGACCGCUACUAAUGUCCAUGAUGUUACAUUAUAUAUUUGUUAAUGUAUUAUUUCUUAGUAGAGGUGAUGGUAAAAAAAAUGAAAUUUUAGACAAUCUGAGUGUUUUUGUCCUUCAGACAUAGACAGCAUUACAUUCAUGUUAUCAUUGUUGUUAAUAAGUAACUGGGAAAUCAGUGUGGCUGCAAGACAAAAUGUACCUCUUUAACAGAUCAAUUCAAUAUAUAAAUGCUUGUCAAUGUUAUCAACGAUUAAAAAUAAAUUUAUUGUUUAAAAAAAAUUUGUUUGUUCAAAUGUUUUGCAUGAGUUU